GAGGAAUUAUACGAAGCCGGAAUAAUAAAACGUAUUCCAAAUGUCUAAACGGGAUAUCGCCAUAGAAUUACACAAACCUGCUAGAAAAAAUUACACAAGGCGUAGAGUUAAUGUUUAUGACAAAAACGAUCUUUGGCAAGCCGACUUGGUCGAAAUGAUACCAUAUUUAAAGCAAAACAAGGGAUACAAGUAUAUUCUAUGCGUUAUAGACUGUUUUACAAAAUUUGCAUGGGCAAUAGCAUUAAAAUCUAUAACUGCCAAAGAAGUUCCCAGUGCAAUGUCGAAAAUACUGCUUAAACGCGCACCAAAAUUAUUACAGCUCGAUAACGGUAAAGAAUUUUAUAAUUCUACAUUCGACGCAUUGAUGAAGAAGUAUAACAUACACAAGUAUUCAACUUUUAGCAUCACGAAAGCAUGCAUUGUUGAACGUUUUAACCACACAUUGAAAGAAAAAAUGUUUAGAGAAUUUACGGCGCAGGGCUCGCACAAGUGGUUUUCUAUUUUACCGAAACUGAUUAACGAGUACAAUAACUCAAAACACAGAACUAUAGGCAUGACACCAGUGCAAGCUGAUGCAGAUCCAAUGACCGUUCGUGUAAGCACGUAUAAAGGGUUAUUUACGAAAGGUUAUUUACCCAGCUGGUCUACAGAAAUAUUUAAAAUUGUGAAAAAUGAAACUUUACCUAUUACUUAUCAACUACAAGAUUAUAUGGGAAGACCUAUCGCCGGUUGCUUUUAUUCAGAAGAAUUAUUGAAAACAAAUUAUCCGAAUGACUACUUAGUAGAGAAAAUUAUCCGUAGGAAAGGGGACAAAAUUUUUGUUAAAUAA